CAUCUUCAUCUGCUCCCUUUUCCUCUCAACUAAACAGACCCCACUUGGAGCUUUUCUGAGAAAGGGAAAAAAAACAGAGGAUUUAGAAUCGCCAUGGACAGACUGGUCAAGCCAGACGUGAAAGAAGUAGAGAUAGCUUUCAAGAGGGGCCAAAAAUGCACCACAACUUUCAGGCUUACAAACCUUAUGCACACCAUGUCCGUAGCAGUUUCCUUGACCACCACAAACCCAUCUGUUUUCUCUUUCACUCAAGUUUUCUCCAUAAUCCCCCCUCUUUCAUCAUCAUCUUACAAUCUAGUUCUUUCUCAGUCACCUGAUCCACCAUCCCUCUGCUCUCCACCUGACGUCAUCACCGUUAAGUCCGCCAUGCUCCCCACUGGAAAAGCUCACAUGGAGGAUCUCCGCCGCCUGUUUUCAAGACCUGGAUCACAUAUAUUUAGAGACGCCAGCAUACCUAUCUCGAUCGUGGGUCCCCAUUUUGCUGAAUACCUCAUCUCCAAUCACGCCCAAAUAUCUGAUGUCUAUUCCUAUUUUAACAGGGCUAUAUCCGGUUGUACAAGAUCCGAGUUCACAACCCUGCUAAAAUCCGCUGUUUUAUCCGGUAAUGCGAUUUUGGUGGCUAAAUUGCUAGAUAUUGGCGGAGAUGUAAAUUGUAAGGAUUCAGAGGGGCAAUCGUUGAUUACUCAGGCUAUAAAAGCAGGUAAUAUAGAGGUUGUUCGAGUCUUGAUCGCGUCUGAUUGUUUAAUCGAUAACUUAAUAGAUAAAGUCUUGCACGAAGCAGCAGCGAUAAACAGAGUGGAUAUAAUGGAGGUUUUGUGUAGUCAUUUUAAAGAUAUUGAUGCGAAUUCGAUCGAUUUACAUGGUCGAACUCCAAUUCAUGUUGCAGCAAGCUAUGGCCAUGUAGAAGUCAUUCGAUUCUGUUCGUCAAUUGGAGGAAAAGUUGAUUCUGUGGACUGUAACGGCUGCACUCCCCUUCAUUUAGCUUCAGAGAAAGGGCAUUUAGAAGCUGUGGAGUGCUUGUUAGAUUGCUCUGGUUAUAUAAAAUAUGCAGUUAAUAAAGAAGGAAAAACGGCUUUCGCUCUUGCAGUUGAAAAUGGAAAUUCAUAUCUAUAUAGUCUUUUACAAUUGGGAGAUGCAUUGCAUAGAGCAGCUAGAUUGGGCGAUGUUAAUGGAAUCAAGAGGUGUAUUACAGAAGGCGCCAAUGUUAACGACAGAGAUCAAAAUGGAUGGACCCCUUUGCAUAGAGCUGCGUUUAAAGGAAGAAUUGAGAGUGUAAAAGCCUUGAUUAGUCAUGGAGGUCGAGUUGAUGUGGUUGAUGAUCUUGGGUAUUCUCCGCUUCAUUGCGCAGUUGAAGCAGGGCAAGUACAGGUUGCCCUGUUUUUGAUUGCUAAUGGAGCUAAAGCCAAUUUGAAGAGUAUUAAGACUAAGAAUUGCUCUCCUUCCGUCUUUUCCAAAGAGAAAGAGCCGAUUUCUAUAGAAGCAGAGUUACCGGUUGAAUUUGAAUUUUGUAAACUGUAAAAAAGAGAGAGAGACAGAGAACUGUGUUGUGUUCCGCUCCUAGCUACCGCCAGCCAUGUAUAUGAAUCUUUGUUGUAUACUUUUGAGGAUCAAAUUUAUCAGCAAAUGAGAUUAAGCUUUGAAUUGGUUCUUUUUGUUACUUCUGCUGAUCUUUGGACGAAGUAUUUUUUGGAUCCUUGCAGAUUGUUCACUCAAAUGCAACUCUUGCUGGUUUAUGGUUAGAUAUGGAAUGGAUUGAUGGGAUUAAUAUUGUGAUGUUAACCUUAAAAGAAGGUUUUAAACCUAGUUAUGAAAAUUGUUAUGUCAGAUUUAAUUUCUUUGGACCAUAACAAUAUUAUAAUAAGUAGAGGAUGUUACGCAGUUUAUGGUAUUAAA